CACCGUUUCAUUUUGAACAGCCGGGGAUUCUGGUGACAUCACUCAGGAAAGUACACAUUCUCACGGUGCUGCUGCAUUGAACCGAAAACAACCGGACAGUACGCAGUUUUUUUACCGAAAAACGGCUCAUGACACUUUCAUAGAAAGACAAAGGCCUGUGUGACAACAAUGGAGAAACCUCCCUUCAGGCAGAACCAGAACUGCGGAGACUGGGAGCUGAAAGAGAGGCUGGGAAUGGGCGGUUUUGCCCAUGUUUAUCUGUACCAACAUCAUGAAACAAAUGAAAAACUAGCUGUGAAAAUGUGCCGUCUGGAGCUCACAUCAAGGAAUAAGGACAGAUGGAGCAGAGAAAUCCAGAUCAUGAAAAAGUUGAAUCACAUCAAUGUCGUGACUGCCAGAGAUGUCCCGGAGGAAAUGAGGCACAUAGCCUUAAAUGAUCUUCCACUGUUGGCCAUGGAGUACUGCUCCAGGGGAGACCUGAGGAAGAUGCUGAGCAAACCUGAAAAUUGCUGCGGACUGAAAGAGAGUGAAGUGCUUUCGUUACUCAAUGAUGUUGGAUCUGGUAUCCAGUAUCUGCACGAAAACAAGAUCAUACACAGAGACCUUAAACCUGAAAACAUAGUGUUGCAAGAAAUCAAUGGAAAGCUGGUUCACAAAAUCAUUGACUUGGGCUAUGCUAAAGACCUGGACCAGGGCAGUCUGUGUACCUCCUUUGUUGGCACACUUCAGUACCUGGCACCUGAACUAUUUGAGAAUAAGCCGUACACUGUCACUGUGGACUACUGGAGUUUUGGCACGAUGGUAUUUGAAUGCAGUUGUGGUUUCCGUCCGUUCCUGCACAACCUGCAACCUGUGCAGUGGGCCAGCAAAGUUAGGAAUAAAGGUCCAAAAGACAUCAUGGCUGUAGAGGAUCAGAACGGAGAAGUCCGGUUCUCCACAAACCUCCCCUACCCCAACAAUCUCAGCAGGACAAUGCUGGAGCCGCUGGAAUCUCUGCUGCAGCUCAUGUUAAAGUGGGAUCCUGUCCAUAGAGGAGGCAUCACUGACACCAAGAAACCCCUGUGCUUUAAUGUGCUGGAGCAGAUACUGAGUAUGAAGGUCGUCCACAUCCUGAACAUGACCACAGCUCAAGUCCACUCUUUCCAGCUGACUCCAGAGGAAAGUCUUCACAGUCUGCAGAAGCGCAUCGAGGCUGAGACCAAGAUCGACGUGGUGAACCAGGAGCUGCUGCAGGAGACGGGAGUGUCUCUGGAUCCCAGGAAGCCCGCUGCACAAUGUGUCCUGGAUGGAGUGAGAGGGUGGGAUAGCUACAUUGUCUACCUGUUUGACAAGAGCAUCACCAAGUACUCUGGUCCCCUCAGUGCCAGACAACUGCCUGAUAAAGUCAACACUAUAGUGCAAGACGCCAAGACACAGCUGCCCCUGGUGGUGUUGAAGAAGGUUUGGGGUGAAGCAGUGAGCUACAUCUGUGGGCUGAAGGAUGACUACAGCAGGCUUUUCCAAGGACAGAGGGCUGCUAUGUUGAGCCUCCUGCGCUACAACACCAACCUGACCAGGUGUAAGAACAGCAUGUUCGGCUUCUCUCAGCAGCUGAAGGCCAAGCUGGACUUCUUCAAGAGCAGCAUCCAGUACGACCUGGAAAAAUACAGCGAUCAGAUGCACUAUGGCAUAUCCUCUGAAAAAAUGCUGAAAGCCUGGCAGGAGAACGAGGAACGAGCUGCUGCUUUUGCACAGGUGGCAGAGGUGAGUCAUCUGGAUGAUGAGAUCAUGGCUCUGCACUCGGAGAUAGUGGAACUUCAGAGGAGCCCGUACGCUCGACGCCAAGGAGACAAGAUGGAGCAGCUAGAAGAAAAGGCGAUUGAGCUCUACAAGCAACUGAAGAUGAAAUGCAAAAUCCCUGAGCCUGAUGUGAGCAGUGACAGCUCUGAGAUGGUGAAGGCCAUCAUUCAGACGGUCCAGAACCAAGACAAGGUUCUCAAAGAUCUGUACACCCACCUCAGUAAGAUCCUGAUCAGCAAACAGAAGAUCAUUGACUUGUUUCCACGAAUUGAGAAAACCCUGGAGAGCAUCAAGGAUGCUGACAACACAGUGAUGCAGAUGCAGAUCAAGAGACAAAGAGAGUUCUGGCAUUUACUGAAGAUCGCCUGCGCUCAAAACUCGUCACGAAGCUCGAUAGCAGCCAGUCCCGAGUCGUCCAACCUGCUGCAGGUUUCUCAGUGGUCACAGUCAGCACAACCUGUCAGCUCCCCACAUCCCCUCACCUCCUUACCUGGGCCAAAUGACAGCGACGCUGCGCCACGUCUGCUGCAGGAGAACCAGAAGUACCUCAGUCAGCUGACCAGCCUGAUGCAGGAGGCUGCAGAUGAACAGGCCAAAAGCAUAGUGGACCAAGACUGGAGCUGGACGAAAUACGAAACUUUAACUACAAAGUUAAAAAAGAGAAAUGCAUAAGCGUUUUGUUGCGUCCUUCCAUCCCUGCCUGUGCUCCGAGUAACACUAAAGACUGAGCUGCUGACACGAGCAGAGUGGCGUCAGAAAGACAUUGUAUACUUGUACAUUGACUCGGUAUAUCUCUUGAAAAUGUUUCAAGACAGAGUUCACACAUGCUCAGUCCGUCCUCUCCCGCCAUGUCACAUGAUGAAUAGUCUUGUUUUUAUAUGAGAAAACAAUGAAGCUGUUUCACUCUACCUUUUUCCUUUUGCUGCACAAUUCACAUCGUAAUUCAUAAACACCUGAUGAUAUACAUUUUUCAGCAAACUGUAGCAAAAGAUUUGAGGGUGGGUUCAUCGCAGGAGUGAAAACAUGGGAACGAGUUCAACCGUGUGAUAUACGAGGAAAACACAGGAAGUGGGUGGGGGGGGGGAAACGAGGAAAUCACAAUCAAGCAAACAGCACUUUGAUACUCCCAUGUAUCCUCUCUGCACAGAGAUGAGAUGUUUCCAGGCUGCCAAAAACUGUUGCAGAUUGACAGAUUUACAAACAGUCAAACGGUUCUAAUUGUCUCCUAAUCGAUUUGGUAUGUUUUACUAUACACUGUCUGGGGUUUAGGUUCUAUGUAAAUGUUAUUUUGAUUAUUAUUUUCAAGUGUUAUGUAUCAUAGGCAAGUCUUUUGUCAUAAUAUGUGACAGACGUGGCUGGCCAUCAUGUUAAUACAAUGUUCAUACUGUACAUCUGUCUCUUCACUUUUUACUUGAUACAAAGGGUUUUGUUGUCAUUUAUGUGUACAUCUUAUUCCACUGGAUGUUCGAUGCUGCGUUCAUGUCACAUAGUUUAAAUGAUUAGUUUCCAUCUAAAUUUUGUGCAGAUUUAUAAAGAAAUUUCCAGAAAAUCUGCAAAAGAAAUGAAUGCGUGUUUUCAUUCACUACUGUAAUGUGAAUAUUAGGAGUUGGUUCAUGGAGAUAAAAGUCUGGUGACGUAAAUAUUCAAACGGAACGAAAACAUUGCUGAAAGCACUAAACUAAAAGAGCAUUGGGAUUUUUAAUGCACAAAUUGAAAAUGUAUAUAAAAAGAGUUGGACGGAAACACACUCAAAUCAAAACAAGUCAUUUUUUAAGCAUAAAUACUCAAACAUUCAUACAAUGUGAGGAUUUGUGGCUUCUUCUCUUAUAUGACAGUAAAGGGAAUAUGUUUUGCUUCAGUCACCCUGGGCUCUGAGAAAAUAUAAUGAACAUAUUUGACUAUUUUCUGACAUUGACAAAGAAUCAGUUGAUCAAUCAAGCAGUUUUAAGUGAUCUGAUGAUGUAAACGCUGGUAAGUAGUCAAUAGGAAUGCUUUCAGAUUAUUUAGUUCAUUAUUUUACGGUUUAAAAUGUCAGGAAAUAGUGAAAAAUGCCUGUUAACGUUUCCAAAAUAUUUAUCCAACAAACAAUCUGAAACCUAAAGAUAUACAAUUUACUAUUAUGUAAAAUAGGGAAAUCAUCACAUUUGAAAAGCCGUAACCAAAUAUAAUAUUACUGAAAACAACAAAUCAUUUAACAAAACCGUCCCAGAAUAAUCAAGUAAUUGAUUAAUGAACUAAUCCUUUCAUCUCUAGUUCUAAAUAUAGUGUUUUUCUCUAUCGAUUACAUGAACGUGGCAUUAUACCUGGAGGUGUGACACGGUCUGCUUUCCAUAAAACGUUGGAGCUUCUUUGGCUUCUUUGACCUUUGACCUACAGUGAAAUCAAUGUGAAUGCUUGGAAACAGGAUAGUAAAUGGUUGAAUGUACUGCUGUUACAGUCAAGUGGUGACUGUGGGCCAGAGAGAAGUUAACCCUCAGAGUUAUAUUUAUGAAGUUGAAGUGCAAUGGAAAAAUAUAUUUUCUUUGUAUUUAAGUAACUCGAUUUUUCAGUUCUCUUUCCAUUUAAGUAUAUAUUUUAUUUCCAUCUGUCUUUGACCGUUAAUUUUUUUUUGGAAUGUGUCAUUGUACAAAGAUCAAAUGUUUGCCUGGUAAUAAAUUAAAUGACUUUGGCAUGAA